UGGCCAGCUGGGCUGUGAACUGGUUCACUGACCUUCUCUUUCUCAAAUCAACACCAUCUCUCUCUCUCUCUAAUCUCUCCAAUUUCUCUGGUUUUUCCAUUGUAGAUGAACAGUCUUAGACUAUACUGUCCUUCAAUGUAAACUAGCUUCUAAAAUUUGAUUGAGUAAUGAUGUUGAGAGGGAUAUAAAGUGUAGAGAGAGAGAGAGGGAGAGUUCUUGAUUGGUUACUUGUUUGCCUUCAUAGUAAAAACAUUUCAUUUCCUUUCUUUUCCUUUGUUUUGCUUAAAUUUGUUUAUAAAUUUUAGCUUGGUGGGUUUGGAAUUUUUUGUCUUCUUUUUAUUUUUUUUUCUUUUCUUUUUUUUGAUGGGUACAGAAGGAGAAGUAGUAGUAUUGAAAAAGGAGAACGAUGGGAAAGUUGAGAGAGGCCAUGGCUAUUGGUUGUAUGGUAAUAUAUAUAGUGUUACUGUACAAGUUGAUCUAGUUUCAGAUAUGGGAUUUCUUGGUGAAAACAUUGUUUGAAGUUCUUGACACUUCAAUCUCUAAAAUUGCAAACCAAGAAAAAAAAAUUUAUAAGAAAGAAAGUACUUAAAAAAAGAUCUUGAUCUUCUUCUAUAAGAUCUGUUUUCAGAGAUCACACUCAUCUUUUUCCCCAGCACAGUCAUGAAGAGGCUUGGAAGCUCUGAUUCUCUUGGUGCUUUGAUGUCAAUCUGCCCAACUACAGAGGAACACAGUCCAAGAAACAACCAUGUCUACGGCAGAGAAUUCCAAUCCAUGCUAGAAGGAUUCGAAGAAGAAGGUUGUGUCGAAGAAUCUGGGCAUGUCUCCGAGAAAAAAAGGAGAUUAAGCGUUGAUCAAGUAAAAGCUUUGGAGAAAAACUUCGAGGUCGAAAACAAACUCGAACCAGAGAGAAAAGUGAAACUAGCUCAAGAACUUGGUUUGCAACCAAGACAAGUAGCUGUUUGGUUCCAAAACCGACGAGCUCGUUGGAAAACAAAGCAAUUGGAAAGAGACUAUGGAGUUCUCAAAGGCAAUUAUGAAGCUCUAAAGCUCAACUAUGAUGCUCUUCAACAUGACAAUGAAGCUCUUAUCAAAGAGAUUAGAGAAUUGAAAUCGAAACUCCAUGAAGAAAACACAGAGAGCAAUCUCUCAUCAGUCAAACAGGAACUGAUCGCGGACCCAAAUGAGUCCGAUGAGAAACUGAUGGAAACAAACCUGCCUCAUGAUCAUCAUCUUCAUCACCAUAUAUCUCUUCCUGGAUCAGACUCUAAAGAAACGAACUUGAACAACAACAAUGGAGGAGGAGGAGUUGCAGUGGAGGUGGUUUCAAUGUUCCAAGAUUUCAAAGACAAUGGAUCUUCGGACAGCGAUUCGAGUGCUAUCCUGAACGAAGAAAUUAAUAACAAUAAUAGUAACAGUCCUAAUGCGGCGAUUUCUUCGUCAACUACUGGGGUUAGUCUUCAAAACCAUCAUAACAAUCUCAUAAUGUCUUCUCCACCAGCUUCAACUUCUCUCAAUUUCAACAACUGCUCGUCUUCUUCAUCGCCGUCCUCUUCUUCCAUGAAUUGCUUCCAGUUUCAGAAAACUUAUCAAACCCAGUUCGUGAAAAUGGAGGAGCACAAUUUCUUUAGCGGAGAAGAAGCCUGUAAUUUCUUCUCCGACGAACAACCUCCGACGCUUCCGUGGUAUUGUUCUGAUCAAUGGAACUAAUAAAAAAUAAAAUAAAAAAUCAAGAACAGCCAUAGCCAUAUAUAUUGAUCAGAAUUAAAUCUUCUCCUCAAAUAAGGAAGCGAUCGGAAAAAAGACUCCCAAAGACAAGAACUUUGUAAAAAUGGGGCCACUGGGUUUUGUUUUCCUGUAAAUUUUACUUCGAUCUCCAAAUCUACAUUGUGCAAAAAGUGAAAAGUUUCGAGCUUUGAAUUUUAGCGAAGAAAAUAUUUGAAGAAGAAGAAGAAGCAGAGGGGAAGAGAGAGAGAAACAGAGAGAAGUUCACGUGGGGAUUCGGUGGAAGGUGACGACUAAGGUAUUCACUAGCCGUGCGGGAAUAUGAUUAGGUCGUAAUUAAAGUCCUCAGCUGUAAAAAAAUGAAAAUUAAAAAAAAAAAAAAAAAAAGUAAGUGUUCUUGGAAUCCAUGGUGAUGGGGUCUAGAAUUCCUGUAAUUGAGAAAAAUAAUCAUCACCUGGCUUUUUAUUUUUCUUUUAUUUUUACUUUUUUAAUCUUUCCAUCAAUCAUCCAUUUUCCAUGGA